UUCUUUGGAUUGACAAUGGACCAGUAACAAUGUUAAGUACAGUUCAUAAUAUUACUGGAAGUAAAUCUCAAGUUAAUUGCUGGUGUCGACGUCUACAGGAAACUAGUUCAAAUGCUAAAAAAGUUAGAGAAAUUUUUUGUAGCUCUUCACGAAAGCAGUUACCAAUUCCAAAACUUGUUAAUAAUUAUAAUCACUAUAUGGGAGAUAGUGAAGAAUUUUGUACACAUCUUGUUUGGGAACUUAUACAAGCUUCAGUAAGCCAAGUUCCUAAUACAAGAAAUUCACAAUAUUCAAUUACUAAUCUUCCUGUUUCAAAU